AUUAUAGGAUUAUUCUAUGGAUGUGAGAGAAGGUCUACACAGAAUGUUGGGUUCUUGCACAGUUGCAUCAAAAACUUGUUUGGAGAUGUGUAUUGAUAAAAUUUUGGAGAAUUUAAAGAGGUAUCCCCAGGAUAAGCGGUCAACAUUCCGGUGCGUUCAACGCAUGGGAAGUUCUCAUGCGACCCUAGUUCUGCCGUUGGUCACGCGACUUCUUGCUGUGCAUCCCUUCUUCGACAUGCCGGAGCCUGACGUCGAGGACCCAGCUUACAUGUGCGUGCUAAUCCUGGUGUUGAAUGCGGCGCAGCACUGCACUACCAUGCUGCCUCUGUUCGAAGAGCACACCGUUAAACACUAUACAUACCUCCGUGAUACAAUGCCGCAUCUCGUGCCCCAUCUACCCAUUGGAGACGCGCAGCAGUCGAGCGAGAAAAGCGAGACGGCGAUGGACGACAGCGCGCUACGGCGGUUCUUCGACCGCGUGCUGCAACAUAUUGACAACGCCACGCUCUCCACAUCCGUCCGCCUGCGCAUGUUACACAACGCCGAAGAACAGCUCGACAAACUGUCAGAGAUGGAGCCGGCAGUGUGCGGUGCGGCCCAGUUUACGGCACUGUUCGCGCGGUGCGUACGCGCUCUGCACGAGGCCACGCACUCUCCCGCCGGCCCACCACACCAUGCGCUCACUCAUCUCACCACCGACUGCCUCAGGUUGCAGCAUCAGUUCAGCGGCGUAACCGAGCAGGAGAGUGCGUACGUGUGGCAGCUGGCUCUGCGUGUAUCUGCGGCGCGGCUGUGCGCGGCAGCAUACGGAGCGGGCGCGGCGACGGGCGUACCACAGAUGCCGGCUACGCCUGGCGGCGCCGCUAACGCCGGCGUGUCGGCGGUUGCCCUCUCUGCCGCCGCUGCGCUCACGCACCAUGCCGAAUUGCUCGAUCGUCUUCUUGCGUCUGCAGGCGUGGAACCAGACCCAUUUACGAUUGCGGUAUUCCAGCAGCUGUCGAUGAAUGCGGAUAGCAAGCCGACUGCGUUAGCCCGAGCCAUUAUGCCAUUGCUACAAUCUGCGCCUCUGCCAACUAUACCGAAGCCCAAUCUCAAAAUUCGCAUGUGCACGGCAAGCAUUGUUGAGCCGGCGAGCGACAACGACACAGUGGUACGGUUCAGCGCGGGCCUGGUGGCGGGUGUAGCACUUGAGGCUGAGAUAUUACGCGUGCGGGAACCAUCCGCUUUACGCGUGCGCGUCGCCUAUCCUGACCGCCGCGUGCACGCACUGCUGCCGCCGCGUGACCAUCUACGGCCGCUCGAUCACCAUUACACGAAUGAUGAUGGUACUCAAAAUGUGCGACUUCUGACGAAAGUGCUGAUCUCACACGGCGUAUGGACGGAGCCGUGUGGUGUGGAUAUCUCGGUGUGCUUGGCAGUCGAGGAGAGCGGAAGCCGCGAGCCAGCGCCACUUAUCGAACUUUGCCGCCCAGUUCGUGUCACUGUUGCACCCAAACCAAUCAAGAGAGGCAUUUGAAGUGGCAUUUACAACUUCAUUCAACAUAGAUUGUCAUUGCAGUCAGUGCCUCCUGGAAGGACAGAUGAUGGUGCUAUUCCCAGCACAUCAAAUGAAUGAAGGAUAUCAACCAGUACUGUGUAUGCAUAUACAAAAGAUAAUCAUUGUGUUAUAUUAAUGAACAUUGCCGGCAAUUGUAAUAGUGAGGUGAAAUUACAUACAUAAAUAAUGAUGUGUAAUAAUAUUAUUUAUGUAUAAGAUAGUCUGUACAGUUUUAUAAAGUAAAUAAAUAAAUCUAU